CAUUUGUCAGCGUGGGUGUGCAAUUGUUUUUGUCACUGCCAGCGGAGCCAUGGGUGGCCCUUGUCGGAUUGUCGAGCCUGGCAAACCUCACACGCAAGCACCGCCAUGCACUGAUAAUUUUCAGGUGAAGCAGUUCAUGUUCGACGGUCGGGAAUGGGAAUCAGUUGAGCAAUGCUACCAAGCCAUGAAAUUUACCAAAGUGGAGGUGCAAGAAAAACUGCGGGCGAUCAAGAAGAAACCCAAAGACAAAGACUCCAAGCAUGGCAUGGAUGUUUGGAAUGAAGGUCAGCGCUACACAUGUCUCCGCCCCGACUGGGACGCCGUGAAGGUGGAAAUGAUGUAUCGUGCCAACUUCGCAAAGUUCAAGCAACACUCCGAUUUGCAAGAGGAAUUGUUGUCCCUGGGAAAUGUGGAGUUGGUCGGCGCCCCCAGCACCAGCUGGAAAACCAAGUCUGGGAUGGUGAACUGGAGCGUUUGGAAUGGACGAAUCCAAACACGAAUCCGAGAAGAACUCCGCCCGGCUAGCGAGCAAAGAAAAGACAUGUUGGCUGCUUUGGUAAAGGAAUUCGAGGACUACCUGACGACCGAGGGUGGUGCUACGUUGCCCAUCCCCGAGGUGGAUGGGGCGGCCGUGGGCACUGCGGCUGCCGCGGCUUCAACGGCUGCCGCGGCUUCAACCGCCGUCCCGGCAAGCGAGGUGGCGACGACGGCGACGACGGCGACGGCGGAUACGGCUCCGGCAUCCUGAGGAUCUGCGAGCCAAGCAAACGCCUUUUUUUACAGUGAUGCUUGCUGGAUAUGUUUAGAUAUGUUUAUAAAUCAAUAAUAACACACACGCAC